GCUCCACUGACGCUAAUCACAACACUUCGUUUAGCAGUAAAAUACAUGCUUUAUUCACUGCUACCGUUCGUAAUUUAGUGUCUGGGAAGUUGAUAGUUGAAGAGGACGGUCUGUUUAAUCCGAUUUCACCGUGAGGCUGCAAAAAAACAGGAUGCAGGCCACGAAAACGAUGCCAAUGGGGACGGCAACGAUUGGUCCUCAAAACUGGAGAAACUCCACAAUCAAGGAUAUCAAACUUUCACAAAACGUUGUGCAGCGAAGCGAUAAAAACUGUGACAUUGGUAGGUCGCUUGACCCACUGCCACAUCUAAGAGAAACAGUUGCAGAGCUCAGUAACGAUGAAGCGCAUAGACAUUUCCGUGAAACCCGGGCAGUGGUUGCCAAACUACGGGAAAGUUUACUUGACACGAAUGAAGAAAUCAAGUCACUCACGCGUGGAAAAGAAGCCUUAGAAAAAGCACUUGAACACAAAAGGAAGGAUCUUAGAUUAAACAAAGACAGCCUGGAUAUCAGAUUAUCAAGACCAGCCCGAGAAAGAGACCAAGAUGGAGCAGACGACCUCUUGAAUGCUGAACGUCAACAUCUCCUCAAUUUGAAGAAGAUCUUAGAAGCUCAGUUGAAACUAGUCCAACAGCAGUUACAGAAUGGGCGAGUUCCAACCCCGGUGCCAGUGUUAGACAGCGCCAGGAAGAGGCUCGCCACAUGUCUCAGGGAGCGUUCCCGCGUGCUCGAUCUCAUCUGCCACAACAUGGCGUCCGUCCCCCAGAGCGCACCGAACACGUACCGCUCCCCGCGGCCCGGUUCCCGCCUCGGUGGCUCCUUCAGCGCCCGCUUCGAGAAGCCAAUCAGCAAGGAUAAUCUCCCGCCCGCGGAUCCCCUCGGUUCGUUCACGCCCGAGGCGGAGCAAGCUCUACAGGAGGCCAAUGGCGCCAGGGCGAGGUCGGCGAUGUUGAGGCGGGAAUUGAACGAAGCGAUCAUGAAGACCGACCACCUCCAGAAAGCAGCACACGCGUCGGUCAACGACGGACUCCUGCAGAAGCUGUCGGAGACGGUUACUUUGAGGCAACACUUGAAUGUUGGCUCCGGAGAGAACCGUCAUGCUGUCCAUCGUGCACAGCGCUGGUACGAUGCAACGGAGAAGGCCAGGGGAAACGCUAUGGGUCCAGUAUGUAGCUCUGACCUGACGACAAGGGAGAAGCUCGAUAGGCCGAUCUUCCGCGUGUUCCAGAGACACCCGGGCACACAGAUGCCCGAGGCACAAGAAAUCGUCAAGGCUGGUGAUGGUCUCACCGAGUCACUCAUCGCAACCAACCGCAACAUCGGUCUACUGAAGCUGUCGCAAGCACGCCUUGCGGAGAACAUCCGCGACAAGAAGGAAGGAUACAGCGUCGAUUCGAGCGUCCUUCGCCUACGGCGCCGACGUGCCAACCACCGCUGGGCGAUGGGCGAGGCGUUUUAAAUCUGCGUAAUAUCUUCGAAAAUUUUAUUUUGCGUUCUGUUCCAUAGAUAGCAAUUCUCCAUGGUUACAAAGACCGGAAUAGUAAAGAUUGCGUACAACUGAGGUUGUAUUCAAAUUUCAAAAAUGAGAUCAGUGAUUUUGAAUAAAAUAUUUCAUUUCGUUAUGUCUGUGUCUUUCUUACAUCAUAUCAAUGUUGUACAUUUAUACAAUUGAAUAACCGUUUCGAAUUUAGAAAAAACACUUUUUGAACUAAGGUAUUAAUGUCUGUUUUCAUUCACUACUGUUGUAUGCUGAAGAGUAUUUACAUCUUAUUUGAAUCUUUGAUUAUUACAAGAUUCACUGGUUGAAGGGCCACGAGUGCAUUCGCUGGACAAGCGAUGGAGUUUGUCCUCUGGACAGGGGUACUCAAUUGGUAUUUGCAGUAAUGUCAAAGAAAUGCAUUAAGUCCUAUCACUACUAUUGUGAGUGAAAUCUACUGAAGGAGAUAAAGCUUAGUUGAGCAAGGUCAUAAGGCCCUAUGUACAAUCACUGCUGUUUUCUAUGUUUUCCAAUUAUGUAUUUUGAAGCGCUUGGUGCCUGACUUCUAAUAUCUGUGAUACUACUUACGUCAAGAAUUGAUACAGAUAACUCUUUAUUAAUUCUUACUUGCAUGUAUAUAAUUGAAUAUGUUUUCUGAAGUGGAGUGUAUUAUGUUGAUCUCAAAAGACCAGCAGCUUAAGGUUGUGAUGUUUUUCGAUUUGAUAUCAUUGAGCAAAUCUGGUUGAGACUUUAUUCAAUUUGUUAUAAUGGAGCAAAUUUAUGAUCUAGUGCUGACUUUUGACCAAGAUUCCAAGAACUCGUGGUUUGAGUUUAUUCAGAGCCAGUGUGAUCCGUGUGAAGAGUUUUAAUAUCAAGAUACAGUAUGCAAUUCGUGGUUGUUUCUUGGUUUUCAAGGAAUUCUCUGGGAUGGCAAGAGGACUUUUGCGCCGGCUUUUUAUGAAUAUAUCAAACUUUACAGUCUUGAAAAUGUGCUUCUUGGUUAGAUCUCUUUCUGGUUUUGUCAGUAUUAAACUCGAGAAGAAUAUACUUUGAUCUAUGUGUCUCCACUGCUUUUCAAGUUUUUGUUUUUGAUCGGUAGAUACAUGUAUGUACCAUAAAUUUAUCCUCGAAUUGUUGUAAUAAUCUUAUAAGGUUUUCUGUGUAAUCGCCAUCAACUAUACAUAUACAUAUAUACAUCACUUUUUCACAAUUCCGUCCCAAUAUUUUGUGAUAUUGAUCUAUUUGUUUUUAGUUGAAUGUAUCUUUCAAAACCUACAUCAAAUUAAUAUCAACAUCAUAGUGUAUAUCAUAAAAUGUGGUAGCAAAUAUUUCUCAAUUUUGAAUCAUGAGACAGAUUCGAACAAUUUGAAAUCUCGUUUUUGAUCGGCUCCGCAAAUUAACAUGAUUAAACAACCAAAGACAAACUGUGAUAAUAGAAUGCAUUUACCUUCUGCUUAUACCAAAACUUUAUCGACUUACAAAGCGCGGCUUCUUAAUUUUGUGCCAGUAAUAUUCCGUCCUACCAUACAAUCUUGAAAGAGACAGUAAACCAUCCACUAAAUUCUGGAUGAUCAUUUGUCGUCAUUUCUUAUGGUCUAAAGCAACAAUAUUAACAACAUGACAGGUCAUCGAUGUUCUUGGUGUUUUUCAUUACAAUAUAUCAAGUAUGGAAUGCCAUCCCAUUAUGAUUAGUAUGGAUUGCUAUCCCAAUAUAUGAGUAUGGAAAUCUAUCCCAAUAUGAUUAGUAUGAAAUGCCAUCCGUUAGAUAUCGGAUGGAAUUCCUUAUCAUGGUCAUAGGGUCCAAGAUCUUCUGGGAGGAACGAGAUGGGUUUGAAAUAUUGGGAUGUUGUCCAGUGUGGUGUACCACUUUAGUUAUUUACAUAGCCAAUGGUGUUGUUGUCGAUAUUUUCUAAUUGCUCUGUAAAAUGCUUGGUUUGGAGCAGUGGCUUAGUUCAGCAGUUUUUAGAGGCAGUAUCCAACUGGCCAAUCACCCCAAACAAACUUAUGAUCGUGAGCUUGAGGAUAGUAUUACAGAAGUUUGCCUGGUUCUCCCCAGUAACCAUACAAAAAUAGACAUGCUGCUUGAUUAUGUCAUUGGUAAACAGGUAGAUUCGAAGCAGAUCUGCUGGUAUACGGAGAUGAGUACUGCCUCUAAUGAACUGCAGUUUAGAAGGAGAAUUUGAGAGAUGGAACAAUGUUACGUUCACUUUUGUCUCAAUUCUAAUCGAAUAUGCAAACUUAUUAUUUGUGCAUAUGAUUGUAAAUAUCUAUAUACUUUUUUCUGUACUGCUGAUAAACAAAUUGAUCUACUUCGAGUUAAAUUUUUGUAUAUGUAUAAUUCAUAGUUUUUAGUGUUUAGGGUCAAGGUUUUAAGUUAGUGUGUCACCAAGCAAAUAUUUUCUCUUUUCGUUUGCCGAUGUUUUUGAUGUGUGUGGAUUUGUUUGAAAUAUCAGUUUUACUUCUGAAUUUUGUUCAGAUUUUGGAAAAUAUAUAUGAGUAUUGUGAUCUGUAUAUCAUUUAAUUUCUUUUAAUGAAAGUUUUUAAAUACGUACAAGUGUGUCAAGUUUAAAAUUCUGUAAUUUGCUGCUUAACCCUUUCACCGCAAAAAGAACUAUCUGGAUGAGUAGUUGGGGGUAAUUGUGGUGAUGGGUUAUUGCACCAUAACAGAUUUAUUCUUACAACAAAGCUGCUGAAACAAAAUUCCUCCAAAUUGCUGAUAUGAUACAUAGGCCUACUGCUGUUAUUGCUUUAUAAAAUGUUCAUCGCAUAAGGUUGAGACAGGGUCAAAUGCAGGAGGCCAAAGGUCUGGACAGGGUCAAAUGUAGGAGGGUCUAAAUUUCUGCUCACUUUUUCUGUGCUAUACUUUACAGAGUCAUCUGAUGUACAUAAGUGCCUUCACAAAUUCGUAUUCAGCCCCUUUAAUUCAGAUUUAAGUAAUAUGCCACUAGGCCAAUCUUAACAUGUACCAUGGGUAUUGUAACCAUGGGAACAUCCUACACAGAUUAAAUUCUCACUGUUUGCUUCAAAAUUUUUGUGUUUUUGUUUACCUUCUCAAAGUCCACAUGGUGAA